AUGUUACCCAUUUUAAGUAAAGUCUUGAGUUCAGUAAUAAGGUUUACAGAUACUACUGAAAUACAGAAAAACAUGCCUGAAUGUUUUGAAAGUUUUCAGAAUGUUAGAGUGGUAUUAGAUUCUGCAGAAAUUUUCAUACAAAAGCCAAAAUGCCUUUGCUGUCGAAUUAGAUUUAAUUCUCAGUAUAAAUCUAAUAACACUGUUAAAUUUAUGACAGGUAUUUCCCCAGGAGGUUUAAUUACAUAUGUUAGUGAACCAUAUGGUGGAAGAGCCUCUGAUAAAGCUAUUUUCGAACAAAGCAACAUAAUUUUAAAGUUGGAUAGUUCAAAAGAUGCUGUUGUGGUCGAUAAAGGCUUUUUAAUAGAUGAUAUUUGUAACCAAUUCAAAAUAGAAUUAAUCAGACCACCAUUUUUAAAAAAUAACAAACAGUUUAGUACAGAUGAGGCAUUACUAAAUGCUAAAAUAGCAGCUGCUCGAGUACACAUUGAACGUGUUAACCAACGUAUUAAGAUUUUUAAAAUUUUAGGAUGUAAGCUACAGUGGUCUCUAGUAAAAAACAUUAAAGAUAUUUUUACACUGGCCUGUGCUAUAACAAAUUUGUCAAGUUCAAUAUUAGCAGACCGUAGAUAUUUAACGAAUUAA